UGAAUAUACCGAGUGCGUAGGCCACAAUCGCAAUUACGAGAAUAAAAGGGGGCUUUCUCGUAAUCUCCUCACUCUGUAUCCGAGCAAAUAUAUAUGCUUUCUGCUGCGGCUUUCAACGCGGCACCGGUUUAUGCCUUUUUGUUCGUUUCAAUUUCGGAAGAGAAGUUGCCUUCUUGAAGCGGGAGAGGAAAUCAAUCGAACUGUCCCUGAACGAUUCGAUCGGUGAAAUCACAGUCGUCGAAUUCCAGCAGCGAAAAUGCAGAGGAAGCUGGACAGGGGCUCCAAAUCCUUCUUCUUUCCAGGAAAUUUCAGGACUGUACAUCUCUGGAAUGGAGAGGGGGAGCUUUUCUGAUUAGAGAAUGAUCUGAAGAUCUUGCAGGGAUCGGGAAUUAAAUCGCCUUAAUGAGAGUUGGAAUUCAGAUUGCUGAUCUUUUAGUGAGAUGAGAAUCUUCUUGAAGAAAAAAAAGAGGAAAUUCCGUAAAGUAGAAGAUCCGAUAUUUCAAGGGGAAGAAUAGUUCAAUAUAUCGGUGGGAUCUGAAUCGUCGCGAUUUAGGGUUUGUAGGAGUGGGUGAGAAUAAACAUGCGAGUUUACAUUUUACCAGGGGCGAAGAGAGUAGAGAUAUCGAACGGCGGGAGUUGCUUUUGGGAGGUGAUGAAGGUAAGGGGCCCGUCGAAUCGCCGAUUUUCUUACCGAUCCGUUUUGCCCACCGUUUUAAUCCUGGGGGUCCUUUUGCCCUUUCUCUUCAUCAGAGCUGCGUUCCUUGCGCUCGACGGCGCCAGUAAAUGCUCGUCUACCAUCAAUUGUAUAGGGUGGAGAUUUGGGCCUGGGUUUUUCAGCGGAAGCGAUACGUCAUUGAGACUGGCGGAGGAAUUGAGGAGAGCUGUUGUGGAAGCCAAAGAAGAAGCUGGAGAUGCAAAAGGAGCAGAUGCUUCUCUUGGGUCCUUCAACGAUCUCGUUGCAGACGUUACGUCUAACCAAGACGAUAUCAGGACCUUCGUUUCCAAGACAAAGUCAAUGCUACUGAUGAUGGAUCGCAAGGUCAGAUCUGCCCGUCUUCAGGGAUCGAUCUAUCGUCACUUGGCCUCCAUUGGAGUCCCGAAAAGCUUGCACUGCCUCAGCCUCAGCCUCGCUGAGGAGUACUCCGUCAAUGCAUUGGCUCGGUCGCGGCUCCCGUCUCCGGAUUCCAUCUCAAGGCUCACGGACGCCUCCUACGUUCACUUGGCUAUCCUCACCGAUAAUGUACUAGCAGCUUCUGUUGUGGUUUCAUCUGCAGUGAGGAACUCAGGCCAUCCGGAGAGGAUGGUGUUUCAUGUAAUCACGGAUAAGAAGACAUACACGGCAAUGCAUGCUUGGUUUGCUCUCAACCGGGCUGCGCCGGCCGUGGUGGAGGUCAAGGGCUUGCACCAGUAUGAUUGGCCCAUCCAAGUGAACGUUGGGGUUAUGGCAUUGGUGGAGACUCAUCGUGCCAUUCGGGAGCAUUAUUACUAUCGCAAGGAAGAUGGCAAACGUUUGGACGGUGGAGAUUACAGAAAAUUGGAGGCCCUUAGGCCGAGCUGCCUUUCGCUCAUGAAUUAUAUGAGGAUUUAUCUUCCUGAGAUAUUUCCAGAGCUCAACAAGAUAAUCUUCUUGGACGAUGAUGUUGUAGUCCAGCAUGAUUUAUCACCUCUUUGGGCCAUGGAUCUUGAUGGAAAAGUUAACGGAGCAGUUAGCUGGUGGGGUGGAGAAGGAGAGCAGAGCUAUUGCCUUGGGAGAAGGUUUGCGGAUUAUUUGAAUUUCUCGAAUUCGGUUAUUUCAUCUGAAUUUGAUGGUGACCGGUGUGCAUGGUUGUAUGGGAUGAACGUGUUCGAUCUCCAGGCAUGGAGGAGGUCCAACAUCACACAGACAUACCAUCACUGGCUCAAACUUAAUCUAGAUUCAGGCUUCUCCCUGUGGCGUCUAGGGGCGUUGCCGCCUGCCUUAAUGGCAUUCAAUGGUAACGUGCACCCUAUCGACCCUUCGUGGCACGUGUCUGGGUUGGGCUAUCAACCCCCAGCCACUGACCGGAAAAUGCUAGAAGCUGCUCAUGUCAUACAUUUCGGCGGCCCUGCUAAGCCAUGGCUUGAGAUCGGGUUCCCGGAGCUAAGAAGCCUGUGGAGCGUACAUGUUAAUUUCUCUAAUGACUUCGUAAGGAGUUGUAGGGUUAUGCUGUAAAGAGCAAAGAAAUCUAAGCUCUGUUCCAUAAGCAGAGGGGUGGAGGAUGAGCAGAGGGAAGAAGGUUUUGCCUUCAGUCUCUGCUCAUUUUCCCUCUGUAUAUAUACUAUUCUCAAAACAGACAUACUCUCUUCUUCUCCCUAUAUUUUCUGUAUAUUUUUUAAUGCUGAAUACAAGGCCACAUUUUUAUACUGCGAAAAUACGCUUAGUGAGAAUCGUACUAUUUUCUUCUUGGGA